AUGGCUCCACUCGCUGUAAAAACCGAAGAAAAUCCGCACUCAGAAGGAGAUGUUUGGAAGAAUCAAGGUAAUUUUGCUAGAUUCAGCUUAUCACGUAGAAGUGAUUUUCAAUUUGUUGAACUCCAUUUUUCCCAAGAUCCGCUGGGUUCCGAAGAUGAUUUUGACGCCAACGAUGUUCUUGAUCUCUUUCCAAUGUUACCUUCGCCACCGAGGGAAAUCAUGGAAUCAUUGAAGGAAGAAUCCUUGUUUGGACUUGAAGAUGACAUGAGUUUUGAUCCUCAUUCAAAAACGUUUUCUCAAUCGCCAUCUAUGUCUGGACUCGUCCUCGAUUCUUUGCCGUCUUCUCCUUCACCAUCAGCUAGCGUGUCUUCUUGGGAUAGGAGAAAAAGAACUAGCAUUUCUUUUGGAAAUGUAAGCGAGACCACCAGCAUGCAUGGACGCCCAAGAAAAAUGACGGAGCGCGCUGUGGAGUUACUACAAAAUCACAAGGAUCGAGAAGAGCGCAAACGCAAAAUGGAUGGAGUGGAUGGUGAGACCAACGAACGAUGGUGUUUUUGUAGAGAGGUAUGAUU